AUGAACCUUCUCGACAUAGCAAAGUCAUGCGAGGACAUCGCUCGGGGAGUCUCCAGCUUCCUCCCCCAUGUCCCAACAGCCUCAGUCGAUAUAUCCGCUGUCGUAGCAGAGCUCUACGGCAUCGGUGCUACUCUUCGCUCCAUAGAUGGCACCCACAAAACCCCCGCUCGUCGCCAGAAUUUUACCCAUAUAGCUACUGACCUGGAGCUCGUCGUGCGGGCCAGUCUCAGGCAGACGCUGCGGGAUAUCUAUGAGUCGUUGAGUCGUAUGAAUCAGGCCAUCCAUAUCACUAAUCUGCAUAAUGCGGCGGCGGCGGCGGCCGGGACGCCCAUCGCGGACACUAUUGCCGCGUUGCAUAAGCGGACUUGGGACGGGCUGUGGCAAUACUUUUAUACCCAGGCUGGUUAUUCGUUGCAUCUUCGGUUGAAGUAUUAUAAGCAGAUGCUAGAGGAGAUGUCCGCCAUUGUGCAGGGAGAACUUGCGGAUGAGGUUAUGCUAGCUAGCUGUCGAGCGGCAAUAACGACAUUGCGUGUAAUCCAGGACAGACAGGUUGCCAUUCAAGCCCAGCAGCAAUCCCAGCAGCAACAUCAGCAACAUCACCUCUUUCAACAACAGCACCAGAUGCCAGGACAAUUCCCACAACAUCCCUCAUUCCAUCACGCUGCUGCUGCUCCACCACCACCACCACCACCACCUCCUCCUCCUCCCCCUCCCCCUCCCCCACCUGCUCCCCCUGCUCCUGCAGUCCCGGGUGUUGCGCCGGUUAUGAUGCCUCGUGCAGUAAGCCCCGACGAUACGUUGGUGCAUAUCAUGGAACCUCCAAAGGCACCGAAGCCACCAAAACGGAAAUCGUCGAUGAAAAAGGCUGGUUCCUUUGAGCGACAGAGGCCGAACAGAAAAGGGCAUCAGGACUCAAUUCACUGGUCCAACCCGACUAGCCCCAAGUCCCCUGUUGAUUCAAGUAGUGACACCAUGUCAUUGAUUUCCAACAGCUUUAAACACUGGGCUAUGAAAGUCUACGGUUCAGUCUCUACUUCAACUCCGUUACGGUCCACAGGAGAUAUGACAAAGUGUUACGGUGAAAGUAUGCCCGAGGUGAAGGCUCACUUGGACAAGGGAUACAUCGAACUACUGCAGCUGAAAUUCCCCGGUAGGCCACAGGUCACCUUCUCCUUUUAUCUGCGGGACAGGGACCACCGAGUGAGAGUUUUGUGUAAAGUCAAGUCAGAAAAACGGACGGUGUAUAGCAGCACCGUCGUUACAUCACUGAUUAUCUGUCGAGAAGGAUCAUGUCUCAUGCUCUGUCACCCGUCCAACGAUGGUGAAGGCCCUAUUGCAUGGGCAAAUCUGCAAUUCAGCACGCUCGAGUACAUGGUUUUGUUCUUCUGUACGUUCGUCGCCUUACGCGGGCAGGACUCGUCCGACCCCGUCUCCCGCAUCAAGGAUUACAAACUGGACGGCGAAGAGCUUUUUUUCUCAGGCGAGACAAUAGAUAACCAUUACAUCCACGCUUUACACAUAUACGUUGAUAGUAGCACAGGGGCCGCCCGUUUGCAUGCAACUGUUCUCCACGGCGAACUGAAACAUGUUCCCGUAUGGACCGCCUUUAUUCACCAGUACAUGGAACGGCCUCGGUCAUGGAUGCGACAUGUCGAACAGGAGGUGAUAUACCUUACUGAGCUACAGCCUACCGUAUUCAUCAACUCAGACGAAUACAAACCCUCUACAACAUCACGAGGAGAACAUGUUAUAACCUUUACCUCGCGGGAAGACGCCGAUGAGUUCAUUAAAUCCAUCAACGAUAUUUCGCACAUCCUUCGUAAAAAGAGAUGA